GGGAGCAGCUGCUCGCCUCAGAGGCGCUGCGCUCUACGUGUGCAGCUGCCCCGGCAUCCGCGUCAGGUCCCCGAUCACUCCGUGUUAGUGAAACGGGGGUGACCAUGGAUUCCCAAUCAUUCUCUUCAUUUACAGCAUCUUGACUGCUGUUACGUCCCAUGUGGAAAACAAGAAAUAAAAUGAAGAUUUUUCACUGCAAGAUGCAGUACUGGGUGUUUCAAGCAUUUUUUGUGAUUACUUAUCUUUGCACCAUUGUCCAGGGUCAAGUCGCUCCACCCACAAGGUUAAGAUAUAAUGUAUUAUCUCAUGAUAGUAUCCAGAUUUCAUGGAAGGCUCCAAGAGGGAAAUUUGGUGGAUACAAACUUCUUGUGACUCCAGCUUCAGGUGGGAAAACCAAUCAACUGAAUCUCCAGAACACUGCAACGAAAGCAAUUAUUCAAGGUCUUAUGCCAGACCAGAAUUACACGGUUCAGAUUAUUGCAUACAAUAAAGACAAAGAAAGCAAGCCAGUCCAAGGUCAAUUCAGAAUUAAAGAUUUAGAAAAAAGAAAGGAGCCAAAACCCAGAGUCAAAGUUGUGGACAAAGGAAGCGAGAACAAACCAUCUGCACCCGAGGAAGAAGUGAAAUUUUUCUGUCAAACACCGGCUAUUGCUGAUAUUGUAAUCCUGGUCGAUGGCUCAUGGAGUAUUGGAAGAUUCAACUUCAGACUGGUUCGAUCUUUUUUGGAAAACCUGGUUACAGCAUUUGACGUGGGCUCCGAGAAGACACGAAUUGGUCUGGCUCAGUACAGUGGUGACCCCAGGAUAGAAUGGCACUUGAAUGCCUUUAACACCAAAGAUGAGGUGAUCGAAGCUGUCCGCAAUCUACCGUACAAGGGGGGAAAUACACUCACAGGUCUUGCUUUGAAUUACAUUUUUGAAAACAGUUUUAAACCGGAAGCGGGAGCAAGGACUGGAGUGUCCAAAAUUGGCAUUUUAAUCACAGACGGAAAGUCCCAAGAUGAUAUCAUUCCACCAUCCAGAAACCUUCGUGAAUCUGGUGUAGAGCUGUUUGCCAUAGGGGUGAAAAACGCGGAUGAGAAGGAGCUGCAGGAGAUCGCCUCCGAGCCGGACAGCACGCACGUGUACAACGUGGCCGAGUUCGACCUGAUGCACACGGUUGUGGAGAGCCUCACGAGGACCGUGUGUUCGAGGGUGGAGGAGCAGGACCGCGAGAUCAAAGCCUCAGCCCUUGCCACCAUUGGGCCGCCUACAGAACUGAUGACUUCUGAAGUCACUGCCAGGAGCUUUAUGGUUAACUGGACUCAUGCCCCCGGAAAAGUGGAAAAAUACAGAAUCGUGUAUUACCCUACCAGGGGUGGCAAACCAGAGGAGGUGGUGGUGGAUGGGCGUGUAUCCUCCACGGUGCUGAGAAACUUGAUGUCUUUAACGGAAUACCAGAUAGCGGUCUUUGCCAUAUAUGCUCACACGGCUAGUGAAGGCCUCCGGGGAACCGAAACCACACUUUCUUUACCUAUAGCUUCCGAUCUUGAACUGUACGACGUGACUGAGAACAGUCUGAGGGCGAGAUGGAACCCCGUGCCUGGAGCAUCCGGGUACCUGAUCCUCUACGCUCCCCUCACGGAGGGCCUGGCUGGGGAUGAAAAAGAGGUGAAAAUUGGAGAGACCCACACAGACAUUGAGCUGAGCGAGUUGUUGCCCAAUACGGAAUACACAGUCACGGUGUACGCUAUGUUUGGAGAAGAAGCCAGUGACCCCGUUACGGGACAGGAAUCGACACUACCCUUAAGCCCACCAAGAAACCUGAGAAUCUCCAAUAUUGGCUCUAACAGUGCUCGGUUAGCCUGGGAUGCCACUUCAACAAAGAUCAAUGGUUAUCGAAUUGUAUAUAACAACGCUGAUGGGACUGAAAUCAAUGAGGUUGAAGUCGACCCUGUUACGACAUUCCCUCUGAAGGGCUUGACACCCGUCACCGAAUAUACUGUUGCCAUUUUCUCCCUCUAUGACGAGGGGCAGUCUGAACCUCUGACUGGAAUUUUUACCACAGAGGAAGUUCCAGCCCAGCAGUACUUGGAAAUUGACGAGGUGACGACGGACAGCUUUCGAGUGAGCUGGCAUCCGCUCUCGGCGGACGAGGGGCAGCACAAGCUGAUGUGGAUCCCAGUCUACGGGGGCAGCACCGAAGAAGUUGUCCUAAAAGAAGACCAAGACUCGUAUGUUAUUGAAGGCCUGGAGCCUGGCACUGAGUAUGAAGUCUCCCUGCUGGCUGUGCUGGACGACGGGAGUGAGAGCGAGGUGGUCACAGCUGUUGGGACCACACUUGACAGUUUUUGGACAGAACCACCUACGACGGAAGAAGCCCCUACCAGACCUGUGACAUCAGUUUUCCGCACCGGAAUCAGGAACCUGGUGGUAGAUGAUGAGACCACUUCUAGCCUGCGGGUAACAUGGGACAUUUCAGACAGCAGUGUGCAGCAGUUCAGGGUGACCUACCUGACUGCUCAAGGGGACCCAGCGGAAGAAGUGCUGGGAACGAUUAUGGUGCCUGGAAGCCAGAACACUCUCCUUCUGAAGAAUCUGCUCUCUGAGACUGAGUACAAGGUCACGGUGACGCCCAUCUAUGAUGACGGAGAAGGGGUCAGUGUCUCUGCCCCUGGAAAAACCUUGCCACCCUCUGGUCCCCAAAACUUACGGGUUUCGGAAGAAUGGUAUAACAGAUUGCGCAUUACGUGGGACCCCCCGUCUUCCCCAGUGAAGGGCUAUAGGAUUGUCUACAAACCUGUCAGUGUUGCUGGCCCAACCCUGGAAACGUUCGUGGGAGCUAACAUUAACACCAUCCUCAUCACAAACCUGCUCAGCGGAAUGGACUACAACGUGAAAAUAUUCGCGUCCCAGGCUUCGGGUUUCAGCGACGCUCUGACCGGCGUGGUGAAAACACUGUUUCUGGGCGUGACCGACCUUCAGGCAGACGCGGUGCAAACGACCAGCCUGUGUGCCCGCUGGCAAGUGCAGCGCCAUGCCACCGCCUACAGGGUUGUCCUGGAGUCCCGCCAGGAUACACAAAAGCAAGAAUCCACUUUGGGUGGCGGGACAAACAGGCAUUGCUUCUAUGGACUUCAGCCUGAUUCAGAAUAUAAAAUCAGUGUUUACACAAAGCUCCAGGAGAUGGAGGGACCCAGCGUGAGUGUAACAGGAAAAACACAAUCGCUUCCUACUCAACCACCGACGUUCCCUCCAACCAUCCCACCAGCAAAAGAAGUGUGUAAAGCUGCCAAAGCUGACCUGGUGUUUAUGGUGGAUGGAUCCUGGAGUAUUGGUGAUGAAAAUUUCCAUAAGGUCAUUAACUUCCUGCAUAACACUGUCGGAGCUCUGGACAAGAUCGGUGCAGAUGGGACCCAAGUUGCCAUGGUCCAGUUCACUGAUGACCCCAGGACAGAAUUUAAGCUAAACUCUUACAAAACCAAAGAGACUCUUCUUGAUGCAAUUAAGCAUAUCUCAUACAAAGGGGGAAAUACAAAAACAGGAAAAGCGAUUAAGCAUGUCCGAGAUAGCUUGUUUACUGCAGAGUCAGGGACCAGAAGAGGCAUCCCCAAGGUCAUCGUGGUUAUAACUGAUGGAAGGUCACAAGAUGAUGUGAACAAAAUCUCCAGAGAGAUGCAAUCAGACGGCUACAGCAUUUUUGCGGUCGGCGUGGCUGAUGCGGAUUACUCUGAGCUGGUUAGCAUCGGCAGUAAGCCCAGUGCCCGGCAUGUCUUCUUUGUGGAUGACUUCGACGCCUUUAAGAAAAUUGAAGAUGAGUUGAUUACUUUUGUCUGCGAAACCGCGUCAGCAACCUGCCCACUGGUGCAUAAGGAUGGCAUUGAUCUUGCAGGAUUUAAGAUGAUGGAAAUGUUUGGUUUGGUUGAAAAGGAGUUUUCUUCGGUGGAAGGGGUCUCCAUGGAGCCUGGUACCUUCAACGUCUAUCCGUGUUAUCAACUUCAUAAAGACGCCCUGGUUUCCCAGCCAACCAAAUACUUACAUCCAGAAGGAUUGCCCUCUGACUAUACAAUCAGUAUUCUAUUCCGGAUUCUUCCUGAUACUCCAGAGGAGCCCUUUGCUCUUUGGGAGAUUUUAAAUAAAAAUUCUGACCCAUUGGUUGGAGUCAUUUUAGAUAAUGGUGGGAAAACCCUAACAUAUUUCAACCAUGACUACAGCGGGGACUUUCAGACUGUUACUUUUGAAGGACCUGAAAUUAGGAAAAUCUUCUAUGGAAGCUUUCACAAGCUACAUAUUGUUGUCAGCAAGACUUUGGCCAAAGUGGUUAUUGACUGCAAGCAAGUGGGUGAGAAGGCAAUAAACGCAUCAUCUAAUAUCACGCUGGACGGUGUCGAAGUCCUGGGGAGAAUGGUUCGAUCAAGAGGACCAAAUGGAAACUCUGCACCGUUCCAGUUACAGAUGUUUGAUAUUGUUUGUUCCACAUCGUGGGCCAAUAAAGACAAAUGCUGUGAACUUCCUGCCCUGAGGGAUGAGGAGGCCUGCCCAGAGCUCCCGCAUGCCUGCUCCUGUUCGGAAAUCAAUAAAGCGGCUCUGGGACCAGCGGGCCCACCGGGGGGCCCAGGACUCCGAGGACCAAAAGGCCAGCGAGGUGACCCGGGCCUAAAGGGACCAGAUGGCCCUCGGGGUGAAACGGGCCCUCCUGGACCUCAGGGCCCCCCGGGGCCCCAGGGACCAAGCGGUCUCUCCAUUCAAGGGAUGCCUGGAAUGCCAGGUGAAAAAGGAGAGAAAGGAGAGAUCGGAUUGCCUGGCCCACAGGGUGUCCCGGGCAGCGUUGGUUCACCAGGACGCGACGGCUCCCCGGGCCAGAGGGGCUUUCCUGGAAAGGACGGGUCCUCUGGCCCUCCGGGUCCACCAGGGCCAAUUGGCAUUCCCGGAGCCCCUGGAGUCCCUGGGGUCACAGGAAGCAUGGGACCCCAAGGUGCCCUCGGACCGCCUGGUGUCCCUGGAGCAAAGGGAGAGAGGGGAGAGAGGGGCGACCUUCAGUCUCAAGCCAUGGUGAGAGCGGUGGCACGCCAGGUGUGCGAGCAGCUCAUCCAGAGUCACAUGUCCAGGUACACGGCCAUCCUUAACCAGAUUCCCAGCCACUCGUCAUCAGUGCGGACCAUCCAGGGGCCUCCUGGAGAGCCUGGGAGGCCGGGGUCCCCGGGAACCCCUGGUGAGCAAGGACCCCCAGGUGCCCCGGGCUUCCCAGGAAAUGCAGGUGUGCCGGGCUCGCCAGGAGAGCGAGGUUUAACUGGUGUGAAGGGAGAGAAAGGAAAUCCAGGCAUUGGAACUCAAGGUCCCAGAGGCCCCCCCGGGCCAGCAGGGCCUUCUGGGGAGAGUCGACCAGGAAGCCCGGGCCCCCCCGGCUCUCCUGGACCAAGGGGUCCACCAGGUCACCUGGGGGUCCCUGGACCACAGGGUCCAUCUGGACAGCCUGGAUACUGCGACCCUUCUUCGUGUUCUGCCUACGGCGUGGGAGCUCCCCAUCCUGACCAGCCAGAGUUCACCCCUGUCCAGGAUGAGCUGGAGGCCAUGGAGCUGUGGGGCUCUGGGAUCUGACCGUCUCAGCGGAGCUUGGAGGCCCGACCGCAAAGGCGCAUAAGGCGACUGACCAUGUGGUUUGUAUGCUUCCUCGGGGGCUUGUUACAUCAGCCUGCGUCUCCUGUUUGGACACCGUUAAUGUUAUUGUUAUAUUAACAGAAAAGUGUGUUAAAAAGAAACUCCUUAAUUCGUACACCAUAGGACUGAUUUCUGCUUGUUACUUUAAUGGUGUCCUCAGAGAAAGAUUGGCCCUAACGUUGAAUUCUGGAAUCCUUUCUGCGUUGGGUGAUCGCGAGUCCUAAAGUGCAACAAGACAGAAAUGUCUGUAUUUGAGGGAAAUGGGGCCCCAGAACAGGAGUUCAAAGGGAUUCAAAGAUGAUGUCAUGUAUCCUUAUCCCCUCUAGGAAUGACCUUGGUGAAAAGAGAAAAAGGGACAUGAUUGGAGAAACUACCUCUUGCUUAAUUAAUUGAUCUAACUCUGAGAUCACUUGGUGACCAGCUUCACUGGUAUCCAAGAAUAUGCGUUAGAAUAUGGCCUUUCGGAAUCUGGCGACUGACACUAGAUUCGGUUCUUUUCAGUGGCUUUUGGCAUGUAGCCUAAUGACUUCCCACCGACUCUGAUACAAAGAGUUCCAAUUUUGAUGAACAGUUGAUCCAACAGUAUGUUCCAGAGCUUGCCCUUCAUAACCACAUGGAUUACUUUGUACAUGCAGAUACGUUUUUGCAAACCUAUUUCCAAUCUUUUUUAAAUAAGCAAAUAAAAUUUUAAAACAAUG